GUCCUUAAAACAUAUUCGAAUCAAAAUUCUUUCAGUGAUAAGUCGUUCACUUUGGGCACCUGUUUGACCGAAACUAUUAAAUGUGAAGGUUGUUUAGACUUAUAGGUUAACGACAUCCCGAAGUCGUUUCGGAACUCAUAUUAUGUUUGAACUUACUAAUGUUAGUCAAAUGGUGUUUUAUGUAUCCAGAUAGCCACUUUGUUUGCUCUUAUACAUUUUUACGCUUCAUAUGUCGAAUUCUCGUUUUUACCUGUUAUUCAAGGGGAUAUAACACUCAGGACGUGAUUAUCUUUCUUAAAAUAUAACUUUAAGGUUUUUAAAGCUCACCCUCCUAUCGUUCUGAUUGUUGUCAACUGGUUUUAUUCUGGAGCCCUAUCAACCAACAAAGGGGAAGUGGCGUUGGAAAAUAAACGGGAAACGCGUCAAAACGUCUACUUUUUCGCCUGUCCUGGGGAAAUGAUGCGGAUUUACCCCUUUUUGUCGCUCUGUCGCUCAAAUGUCGCUGAAUUGUGUCCUUUUCGUCUAAAUAUCCGCUGAAUUGUUUAAUAUUCACCUAAAUAUCUGAUGAAUUGUCUACUUUUCGCCUAAAUGCACACCGAAUUAUCUACUUUUGCUCCAACUUUUAAAACACCAUUGGCAUAACCCCAUAGGUCUCCUAUGUUCGCCUUUAUCCCAACAACAAACCACACUGCAAUCCACGGGUAAAAUGACAUGUUUAGAUAAAUUUAUUGAAAAGGAAAAGCGUAUUGUUGUGCAACAUUAUAACAGAAGUUCGAGCAUCAAGCGUUAUACAUUUUCAUUGUAAUUCCCGAUUCAUUGUUAUUUGAAAAUAUCUGCAAAAGAAGAUACAGGUGAUGUAUUAUUAUUAAGGCAUGUGUAUUUAAUAGCAAGUUCACUGAAAAUCAAACGCACUUUCUCAACACUUAAAUAGUUCCCCAUGUAGCGGUCCUGAAGUUCACACCUACAUUAAUACGACAUAAAUGCAAAAGCCCUUUGCUGUAACACAUAGUGAUCUUCAGGAUAUUCUGCAAGAAUUUAUUGAUGAGUUAGUUGACUCAUGUUUGAUGGAUGGAAUUUUAACAAUGCAUCGUGCAAUAAAAUUAGGAUAUUUCCAUAUUAUUGCUCCUGAACAAAAUACAAACUUGUCGGAUAAUCUUGGCAAUGGUUCUUCGAAUUCAGGCUCUGGCAGAGACCCUAGCAAAACUGCUAGUUGCUGUCGAUGUGGGAAGUGUAAUUGUAAGGUUGCUGCUACACGUUAUGCUGUCCACUUAUCUAAUUGUAUGGGAUUAGGAAGAAACAGUUCAAGAAGAGCCAACAAGCGCAUAGCAGAACAACAACGUUUAGAAGAUGAUGAUACCGAAACCGAGGAGAAUUUUUUGGAGUCAUCUUCGGGAGACAUGAUCUCGUAUAAGAACUCAGCAACCUCAUCUGACCAACUGGAAUGCAAAUAUUCUAACGGAACAGCUAAUAAUCAUCGAUCACCCUUAAAACUGACAAUCUCUUUGGUACCGGGUUCUGGGAAGCUAGAUCACUCUUCCAAACAUUCAAAUAGACAACUUGACCCAACGGCUGGUGGUAAUGAAUACAGCUGUCUGGAUGGAAAUAAUUCAUUAAAAACUUCCCAGAGCUCACAUCUUAAAUCAAGCUUACCGACUGUAGUUAGUGAAUCCAGCACUUGAUAGGAAGUUGGAACGACUCUCUGUCUAUUAGAUGAAAUUUAUGUGAAGCAUCAAGAUCAUUACCUUUUGACUACAUUUUACAAUAUGAAGUUUGUAAAUAAAAAGUAUUCUGUGAUUUUAUCCUGAAG